AUGAACGACAGUGCCAUCGGGGAUUCCCUACAAAUAGGCCAGCCCACAUGCUCUAUCACAAAGGGGUGCAUCUUGGAAGGGGAACUUGCCGUUUACAGUGGCAAGGAACAUAGAAUUCUCAACUUUCAGGAGAUCAGAAAGCACAUUUUCAGAUCUGGGAUCUUCAUUGGAACUGCACAGGAUUCACAGGCACAUUCCUGGGAACACCUCAUGAUUGUCCACUAUGACGUCCGCAUGUUUGACGACACAUCAUUACUUUCAGUCAAAAUUCAGAGAGACGAAGGCAUCGACCGCGACCGCGACCGUGAUGUACUCUCCGAGGACGCUCACGACGACAAUACUCUGCGAAAUCGGACACGAUAAAUUGAGGCCUCAUGCGGGCUAUCGUCCUUUUCAGUCCUGCUGUGUCCUUGCACAGCCAACUUUCCGUAUGUUGGAGAUUUACUCAGAAGCCAUGGAAUCCAUGAGCCUCUCAUAGAUACCAAUAGCUGGAAGGAGAAACGGUUCGCCUCGACGAAAAGACUGGCGUUGGUUGAGCCCCGGCGACGUGAGGCUACUCAGGCCUUUUUUGACGUCAUUACAUCGCUCGAGUUGAGGAAACGAGGCUUGGAUGAGCAUGAGUAUAUCCCAUCUUUGAUUGGAGGGUGUUGGAGAGGUUGAAGACGGAGGAGCCUAAGAAGGGGAUGGAGGCGAGGGAGAAGGAUGAGAGGUUUGCUGUUGCUAUAUUAUGGAGAAGGGGAGGUUUGGGGAGAUUUGGGACUGGUUUUUGCAGGGGUUUGUUUGAGUGUUUGUUUUUGGGGGAUGCAUCAGGGGCAUGGACAUACCCAGGAGGCAUGGAUAGAUGAUGAUUUUUGUCGAAUACGGGUUGCAUGAUGGCCAAUGGAGAUUACAACGGCGGAUUGCCUGAGUUAAAGCA